CUAGUACUUCGCAUCAAGCCCUGCUAGUCCGUCUCCUGUGUGCCGAGUUUUUUUUUAAUCAUCGGACUAUAUGUAUAUCACCGCAGGACAAAGGAAAAAAUAAAUCUAUGUUCGGAAGGAUUUAUAGGGUGUUUGGAUAUGUGUGAUUUUUUUUCUAUAUAUCAUUACAGAGGGAGUCUCUCACAUGAUCCUUGAAGGAUUUGAAAUUCUUAGGAUUUUUCCUAAGCGUUCAUGCACUCUUUUAUUUUUUAAGAAGAAAAAUUCCAGUCCACUCAAACCUCUUUUGCAUCCCUUCACUUCUUUUGUGGUGUUGUGAACACUCUUUGUUGAGUUUUUUUUUGCCACAUCCCUUGGUACGAUUUGUAGUAUCUAAAUGGGGGAGAUAACAAUCUAUGUUAUUAGCUUAGGCGCGCACUAAGCCUUUAGAUGUUUAGCACUUCUCAUAUUUUUUUUGUGGGAAAUCAUUGCAUUAUUUUGUGUCAUCUUUAGUCGACUUUUCUCACCCUUCUCGUCUAGGGCCAGAGAAAUUUUCUAGCACCAGUGCUUAUGCGAUAUACUCCCUAAUCAAAAUAUAAGAUACCCCAUGGUGUAAUAAAACUUCUUUGUAUUUUGAUAUGGAAGAAGUAUGUGCUAAGAUUUAAAAACUUACCGACACAAGUAGUAUAGUGUCCCAUGUUGUGCUAAAUUAAACUUAAUUAGUAGUUUAGUGUCUAAUGUUACGCUAAAUUGAUUAAUCUUAAGUAGUUUAUGUAUUGAUUUAUUUAGUAUUUUUUUACGAGUGCUAGUUCCAGUCAGAUAAUAUGGUCAUCUUUUGGGGAUAUGCGCACAUGGAGUGAGUGGCUCACAUAGUUUUUGUAGCAGUGAUGCCCAGUCCACUCGAAAUGAAUGGAUGGAGGCCGUCCACUCGUUCUCUGUCUCUCUCUCAAGAAAGAUCCAUUCAAUCCAUGGUCAUCUUUUGUACUACUACUAUGCUAGCAAUAGUUUUUUCUUCUGCAAUUUCAUUGUUGUACGUGUAUUGUUUCAUGCUUGUUCUACGGGUAUGGUGGUGGUCUGUUGUGAUAUGAUGAUGUUGCUCUUUAUACAAUUGUUUGUCCAGGUGCCUACGUCACCAUCACUGCUCUGGGUUUGGUCGUGACAGGCCGUCUGCUGCUGCAAUUGAUUUCUUGCUUGUGAAGGUGUCUACAUCUUGAUGCAUUUUCAACUUGAUCAUGACCCAUCAACUAUCGGAGUGUCGACAACCCACGACCUCGGCAAAAUGGAUUUGCUAGUGACAAGAUGCCGUAUGCUGCUGUCUAUUUCCUGUGAAGGUGUUCAUCCUGAUCGCCUUGUCAAUUUCCUCGCGACAUCAGGGCCUUGGAAGUUGGAUCAUGAUAUGAUAUCUCCCUUUCCUUGUCCAGACAUAUGUAGGCGACCUGCAAGUCAGCGAGGACAUAUGAUGUAUUGUGUCUCGUUUCUUAUGACCCAUGGACUAGAUGCGAUCUUCUGCAUGUUACGCUCUGCUUCCUGCAAGCACCCGAAAGAAGGACAAAGUACUCCCUGGAUAAUGUCAGCUAAUAAACUUGUCUAUCUCUGUUUGGGGUUCAAAGAGAGCUCAAAAAGCAUGAGUAUGAUGUCAAUAGCAGUAGUUUAGCAGAAUUACUCCUCAGUCUGGAAGAACUAUGUUAGUAUCGUGUAAAUAAAUAAACAUAGAGCCCAAAAAGCAUGAGUGUGCUGUCAAUAGUAGCAGUUUGGCAAAGAGACAUCAGUCAAUACUCAAUAGCUGCUUCACAUCAAACAACUUCACAAAACUGAUGGUAAUGUUUUAAUAGCAUCAAUUUAUAAAAGAUGCAGCACCUUCUGCAGGAGAGGGUGAAACUUGAACAGUAUUUGUAUGCCCUAUUUGUGCAAAUGAGCUAGUGAGAUUGAAGCGGAUGUAUUUUUCUUAUACAAGCCUGUAAAGCGAACUUGAUAAACCGUUGAUUGUAUAAACUUAUUGACAGGGUUGUUACCACA